UGUUUUGGUGAUAUUUUUCAGAAACCUAUCUUCAAGUUGUUAAUGUGUUUACCGUAACUUAUUAUGGUUCUUGGAAUACCACUAGCUAAAUUUAUACCAGAAGCUUUUAAGGCGUUUUCGAAGCCAAUUGUGAAUGUCUUGAAAAAAAAUGUCACAAAAAGCCCAUUUUGGAAGGAUACAGUAUUUAUACCAAUGGCAAAAUAAGCUUCUUGGUAGUUAUUUAGGCAUGGUGUUAGGUGUGCCUUUGGCUAAGGCACUCCCUUUGUUAUUUAAAGUGGUUACAAAACCAAUGGUUGAUUCACUGAAGAGAAAUGUAAGAAAACGUGGAUUUUUAAAGGAUUCUGUGUUUAUACCUUUAGCUCAUUAUUAUAACAAACAGUCUGUGAGAACCAGACUCUGGACACAAGGAAUUCGUCGGACGAAGGAACAAAUUGAAAAGUCGUCACAGAUGUCUGAAGAAGCAGCAAUUGAACUUGGUGCCGAAAUAGUUGCGAACACUUUCACAUUCAUUAUUGGGUUGUUGGCAAUUCUGAUGCAACAGUCAAUUUCAGCAGCGACUGAACGUAAAAAAGUGGAAGCAGAAGAGAAUAUUCUUCAAAGAAUAGAAAAAAAUCAAUUAGAACUUCAUCGUAAAGUUUUAGAGUUGGGCUUGGACUUGCAAAAGCAGGACACUAAAAUAAGAGAACUUAAUCGAAAAGUAUUAUCUCUUCCACAGUAUGGAACUUUACCUCAGCAGCAUGAAAAAACAAAUAUUUCAAAAUCUGUUGAGGCCUUUUGAUAUCUCAAUAAAAGUAUUACAGUAUUAUUGGCAUUUGACUUGACACGAGUUCCAUCCCACUCCCAGUCCCCAACUCCUGGCCAUUUGUCAAUAUGUCCUAAUUUCGAACUAUGCUUCAAGCUCUAUAAUUUUUGACUAUAACUUGAGAUAAUUUGCGCCAACCCUUCCUAAGAUGUGCUGUCAAGAUCCCAUUUUGCCUAUUUUGUAACUUGUGGAAAUAAACUGCUAUUUCAAGAGAGUAUUCCAUAAACAUGGUUCACAAAAUAGUCGCGUUUGGUAGUCAUCGGAUGCGGCCGUAUUUUUCGGCGGUGCAGAAGGACGAAAAUGAUGAUAAUGAGCCAGCACUGAAGGAAUAUCAACAAGCAAGUAAUGAAAUAAGAAAAGGAUAUUGCAACAUACAGACAUCAUAACAAAAUCGAAAGAUAAUAAAUCAGGAAUAUGAAGAAGAGUAUGGAAUUGAAAUGCGACUGUCAGCAGAUACUGCAAAUGCUAUUAUUAGAAAUCAUACUUGAAUGUUAAAUGAGAAUUCAACUACGGUAUAGAUGCGUAAAAAUUUUGUAGUGUAACUUGAUAUGACCAUACCAAUGCGCAACGCUUUUAAACAUUCAUUUAAUGGCAUACCGGUACUUUUGUUGUCUGUGUUUAUACUGUUUUAACAAUGCUGGCCAUAUCAAUCAGGCUACAGACUAAUUCACGUGUUGUUAGUGUUUUUCCUGUUAAUUGUUUUUAUAGUGUCCGUACACAGAAUUUACUGUCAUAGUUUUGAGUUUGUUUGUAUCCUAAACCACUUUAUCACCUUUCCAACAAUGCCCAAUCUAGAAAUCAGUGUAGUUUUUCUUAGCUUUCAUGGCUUCAACGUAUUUUUAUCUCGUAAGUUUAAUUCACAAUAACACUAACUGAAUUAAUAUGUAGCAAUACAUUUUCACAGAAAAUUUUAUGACAUUAAUUUAAGAUUUACAAUGGUAACCAAAAAUUGCGAAUUCUGUCGAAAAAUAUGCAACUACCGUGUUUCCCCGAAAAUAAGACCUACUCUGAAAAUAAUACCUAGCCUGAAUUUUGAAAAUGAUUUCAAAUAAGUCAAGAUUCAGGAGUUUUCAGUGAUAUCUCUGUGGUCGAACGACAAUUCGGUAGUCGACCAAAAAAUUCCAGUCAAAAAAGCUGCGGUACUCGAACACCCGAUUGAGAUAUCUCCACCCGAACCGCGGCUGCUAUUUGUAUUUGACCAUUCAACAAGAGAGCGAUGCUUGAAUGUAUGGACACGAAGACCAAAACGAAAUAGUAUGGGUGCAAUCUGUCACAAUGGACCUUUCCCCGAGCAUCAACUUCCUUGUUUACUUCGUGACAUUGGCCAAUAAGCAAGAUGCAAAAAUUUUAGAUGACCGUCAUCGCACACACAAAAAAGAGAAUUCCAUAGAAUCGCACCUCUGAUUACCCUGGGCGGAUACGCAGGUUGGAAUUUCGUGGGUGAUAAUCAUGUGCGAGAGGAUUGUUGGACUAACCGCCACCUUACGGUAGUUGACGUAACCGCUGGUCGGUUACGGUUUCCUUCACAUCAAGUCCAUGCACCUGAAAACAGAGAAAAGGGAGCGAUACUCUAAAGCGAAGCAGCAGUCGUCUACCUUACCGUUUAUCAUCAAAAAACUUCCGACUUUCGCGUAGCUGGUCGAAGAACCGCUACAACAAUUUGUAUUCAUUUUCAAGAAGUCAUCACACCAAAUUUGAAAGUGAAAAACGAAUCACAUAGAGCCCGCAGAAAGUUUUGAAUAAAUAAAAAUAAAUAUAUAAGAUAAAUAAAAGUGAUAGACGAAAAACA